AUUGUCGGCUGACUUGGCACCAGCACUGCAGGAGCAGCAGACGCAGUGGCACGGGGACUCAGAGGGGACGGGACACAGAGGGGACGCACCGGGAAUCAGAAUCGGACAGGGAAACAACCUCUCCAAAAACACCUCAAGUCUGACCUUCGAUGGGAAGAACUCUUGAAGCCAUGACUGCCCCGCGGCUGCUCUCUGCUCUGGCCUUUGCGCUCCUCCUGGUCAGACAGGGCGGAGCCUGGUCCUACAAUGUCUCCAGUUACAACAUGACCUUUGACGAGGCCAGCGCCUACUGUCAGCAGCACUACACCCACCUGGUGGCGAUUCAGAACCAGGAGGAGAUUCAGUACCUGGACUCCAUACUCAGCCACUCACGCUCUUACUACUGGAUCGGGAUCCGCAAGGUCAAAGGCCAGUGGGUCUGGAUCGGCACCGGGAAGCCUCUGACGGAGGAGGCCGCGAACUGGGCCCCCGGGGAGCCGAACAACAAGCGGGCCAACGAGGACUGCGUGGAGAUCUACAUCAAGCGGGACCAGGACCGGGGCAAGUGGAACGACGAGCUGUGCAGCAAGGAAAAGCUCGCCCUGUGCUACACAGCUGCCUGCACCCCGACGUCCUGCAGCGGCCAUGGCGACUGCGUGGAGACCAUCAACAACUACACUUGCCAGUGCCACCCCGGCUUCCGUGGCCUCCAGUGCGAGCAGGUGGUGACCUGCCCGGCCCAGCACGCCCCUGAGCACGGACGCCUGGACUGCACCCAGCCCUGGGGGAGCUUCAGCUACAACGCCUCCUGCACCGUGAGCUGCGAGGAGGGCUACCGGCCCAGCAGCCCCCGGGCCGCCCGCUGCACCGCCUCCGGGGAGUGGAGCGCGCCCCUGCCAGGCUGCGAGGUGGUCGAGUGCCCUGAGGUGGCGCGUCCGGCCCACGGGUCCGUGGACUGUUCGCGGGGCCCCGGCGCCUUCCCGUGGAACACGAGCUGCGCUUUCCGCUGCGAGGAAGGCUUCGCGCUCGUGGGGGCCCCGCGCCUCCGGUGCACCGCGUCCGGGCGCUGGGACCACGAGGAGCCCACGUGCACAGCCGUGACCUGCGGCGCCCCGGACCCCCCUGCGCACGGCUCCGUGAACUGCAGCCUCUCCCCGGCCGGGGAGCUCGCCUUCGGGUCCUCCUGCAGCUUCGCCUGCGAGGCGGGCUUCCUGCUGCGGGGCCCCGCCCGCGUGGAGUGCACGGCGCAGGGGCACUGGGCGCAGCCCGCCCCGCUCUGUGAAGCUUCCCAGUGCAAAGCCCCAACCAGGCCCGAGAGGGGCCACGUGAGCUGUGCCCCCAGCGCUUCCGGGAGCUUCCAGCCCGGCGACAGCUGUGCGUUCUCCUGCGAGCCAGGCUUCGAGCUGGCAGGACCCGAGAGGCUCCAGUGCGGCCCCACAGGACAGUGGGACAGCGGGGAGCCCACUUGUGAAGCUGUGAGAUGUGGCCCUGUGCCCCGGCCCCAGAGCGGCUGGGUGCGGUGCCGCCACGGCCCUGCCGGGGAGCUCACCCCCAGCUCCUCCUGCACCUUCGGCUGCGAGGACGGCUUCCAACUGCACGGGGCAGCUCGCCUGGAGUGCACGGCUCGGGGACAGUGGACACAGGAGGCCCCCUCCUGCCAAGUGGUGCGAUGCUCACACCCGGAAGUGCCCGGCAAGGUGGCUGUGAGCUGCGAUGGGGAGCUCGUGUUCGGCGCUGAGUGCACCUUCACGUGCCCCGAGGGAUGGACGCUCAAUGGCUCGGCGGCUCUGAUGUGCGGUGCUGCAGGACACUGGUCCGGGAUGCUGCCCACCUGCGAAGCCCCCGCCCCAUCCAGCCUGCCCCUGGCCAUCGGGCUCUCCGCUGCCGGGACCUCCCUCCUGACGUCGGCGUCGUUCCUCCUCUGGCUCCUGAAGCGCCUUCGGAAGAAAGCAAAGAAGUUUGUUCCCGCCAGCAGCUGCCACAGCCCUCCAUCAGAUGGAUCCUAUCAGACGUUCAUUUAAGUCCAAAAGCAGCCAGGAACACAGGUAAAGGAAGGAAUGCGAGCGAUGCCCUGAGGACGGCAGAGAGUUCUCCUUGGAUAUCAGACCUUUGUCACCUACUGCAGCUGGACUGCAGUGCCCCCAAGAACUUCAAAGGACCAAAGUCCCGUGGGCAAGGACAGCCUGCCAGCAAAAUGACUCAAUUUCCUUUGUCCUGUUCUAAGGAUCUGGAAAGUGCUGGAUACAGGGGGAAGGAUAUUCUCUUCCAGACAAAAGCAAAGAGCCCAAGGCUCUGGAGUCUCAGAACUCCUUUUCUAGCUCUCCCUCACUCCUGAUGAAAUCUGGGUGGAGAAACCCAGUAUUUUGUGACAUUAUUUCUUUUGUCCUUCAUCUCUCUAUAUAAAAGCCUAAGUGACUAAAUGAUCAGUUGACCAGUUGCUAUCACGCACACUGACCUCCAGGGGGAAGACAUUCAACACAGGAGCUGCCCCCUGGUGGUCAGUUGGCUCCCACAGCGGGAGCAUCAUCAGCUGACUGACCCAAACCAGUGGCCCACCAUCCCAGUGGCAGCCACUUACCCCCUCAGUAGUCCUGCAGGUCCAAUCUCCAGAGAAUGGACCAGGCACUGAUGGACUGGUGCCUCCAGCACGAUCCCGAUAGCGCCCCUGGCCUCCUGGAAGUCAGCUUUGGGCACCGUGGCCUCUUCCCCUCCCUAUUUGCUUCACAAGGAAGAAAUUAUAUAAAAGUGGCCACCGGGUGGCUCCUGACAACCAGUGGGAACAUCAGCAGAAUGGAUCCAGAUGCUGGACCAGCAAGAGCAUCCCGUCCCAUGGCCCGCCUGGAGGGCUGAUCACAUCCCGGCCACCCACCUUGGGGAGGGCGCCCGAUCAGGACUGACUGGGUGUGAGCCUGCAGCAGGUGCAGGGGGCCAGGAUGAGCGGGAGCAGCAGCGGCAGGCAGGAGCAGCAGGCAGCGUUGGACUGCCGGUUUCAGCCCAAUCCCUGCAGGCCACCCUGAGGGACCCCAGCCAUGCAUGAAUUGGUGCACCGGGACUCUAGUAGUGUUAUAACUACUGGUUACAAAGUUGCUGUCAUGGGCUGAAUGAAAAUUGUCAAAAGUUUAGAGGAAACAAAUUGUACAAAGAUAGUCUGUUACUGACAUGAAAAAAGACAAUAACCCACACCUGCGUGGAGAUUACUAAACUAAUCCUGGACCACUUUGUUCCCUGUGGGAUCAGUGCUCCUUAAAGUAUUCUUAGAGGUAGUAUUCUUCUGACUUGCAUGGAGCAUGCAUUCCAUGAUUCUUAAUCCAGCACUACAAGUGUUGUAGGCACUUUAACAUAUGUAAGUGUUAGGACUUUCCUAGAUCACCACCUCUUUAUUUAUUAACAAAUUCUAAUGUUGCAUCUGCAGUGGCUAUAUUUCAAUAAAGGGCAAAUCCUAUCCCCUGACAAUGUACAAUGGUAACCAGUGUACAUUGUUAAGUUUUUUCCUACAGUUGCCUUUAAAAAAUGGAGUAGUACCGGGUGAGUAAAAGCUAAGUGGCAGACGCUGUGCACGGUCAGUUAAUUUUUCAGAAACUUGUGGUUUCCAUGAUGAAAAACUUCCAGGAGACCACAUGUUCUGAUUUGGUAAAAGCAUACAUGCAAAUGAAUGAAGGGACACUUUCGUGAAUGUCUUUGUUGAAAAAGCACCCACCUGUAGGAAUAAGGAUGUGCUUUGUAUCCCCCAAAAGAUGUUUGUUGGAUGUGAUGUGUCAGCAUACAGUUCUUGACGAGUGCAAGGCCCUAAGUCCACGAUAGGACCCCGCCCGUGUCCUGGGUUCACCCAGCGGGUUUUCACAAAGUGAAGAUGCCGAGUAAUUAUUUCCCAGUUGUUUUCUUGUGUGUUAGGCUGUUCUUAAAGGGAGGGAAGCCUGGAUGAGCAAGUAUUUAUAUUCGUGUAGACAGCAGCUUAAAACUCCUAAGGAGUCCAGUUAUUGAUCGCUGGCCCUAAGAAGUGCUGUCAGUGACUGCAAGGCUGCCUCAGCCUCACAGGUGUGAGGGUCAAAGCUCCCUCACACCCCCGUCGCCUCUGCAUGUGCCGAGGAAGCCACGCUCAGAGGCGCUUUGGCGCUUUGGCCCAGGCAAAGCCAGAAGUAAGAGGAGAGGCGACAGGAGUCAGGACGGCAGGGGUUUUGAGGGCCAAGGACUCUGGGAAAUAAGAGAAAGAGGAUGCAUGUGAAAUGUGCGAUCAGACUACAUAGGAAAUGAAGGACCAUUGUGUCUGAAACUGUUCCAAUGUAGAUGUGUAUGUUAUUAAGUUGGAAAUAGCUGUGUGAGAUGUAAGUGUGUCUGUGUUUUAUAAAGUAUUUUAAAUUAUGAUUUAAAAUAUUUUGUAAUUUUUAAAGUAUGUAUUUAUUUAAACUUAUGUCAUACUUGUUGUAGUUGACGUGGCACUAUAAAGUUUGGUAAUAAACAUGUUUAUAUGUA